CGUCUUACGAUGAGCACUUUCGGUAAUUUCGUGGUAAUUUUGUGCUGCUUGUCACAGGCGAUUGCAGUCGAUCAUUCCUUAAAUGGAUUACUGGGUGGAGUGAACUUUACUUACCAUGAAGUGCAAAGUGGCGAAAGCAAUUCGAAUAUUUUGAGAUUGUACAGAGAGCUGGGUAAACUUAAUGAUUUGUUCGUUAAUCACCUAAAGAACAAUUAUAACAACUGUACGCCUCCUGGAAAUGAAAUUAAAGCAGUUGAUAUUGUUAGAAAAGUCUUAGAUUCGAAUGAGAUCUACUCCUUAAACACUUUACGCUCAUCCUGUCCAGCUUACAGGGACUCGAAUGGCAUAUUCACCAUAAAAGUUUUUGGGCUUGAACCAUUUAAAAUUCUUUGCAAUUCCGAUAUAGCCGGUCCUGGUUGGACGGUGAUUGCAUCUCGGAGUAAUGACAAUCUAAAUUUCUACCGAGGAUGGGCAGAGUAUAAACGUGGGUUUGGAAAUCUGACAGGCGACUUCUUUAUCGGAUUGGAUAAACUGCAUGCUAUAACCAUAUCACAGCCGCACGAACUUUACAUCUAUCUUGAGGACUUUGACGGAAAUAAACGCUUUGCGAAGUAUGACGAGUUCCUGAUUGGCACCGAGACUGAGAAAUAUGUUAUGGCCAAAUUAGGCACCUAUGUGGGAGAUAUGGGAGAUUCACUAAAAAACCACGCCAAUAGAAAAUUCACAACGCAUGAUAACGAUAACGAUGUUAAUAGCAGUAGCAAUUGUGCGGUUUUGCGAAUGGGUGCCUGGUGGUACUACAACUGCGAAGAGUCCAAUCUUUUUGGCCUCUACUUAAACGGGUCCUAUGGCAGUGAACUGACUAACAAAGGCAUGUAUUGGAGUACUUCGCGGGGUGUUCAAUACUCACACAAAGUGAUGCGCAUGAUGGUGAGACCCAAAUGCUCAUGCCCCCAUUAAUGAUGAAUCAGUAGAAAUAAUUUGUAUACUCACUCAUCUAUAAAUUAAUCCCAAUUAAUCAAUUGUGAAUAAAUGUGUGUUUUUUAUUUAUA